AUGUCGUUCACGCAGACACGCGCCAAGGCUGGCAGUAGCAGCACCAAAGGGAUCUACAGUCUCCCUCUCACCGGGGCGGUCAUCCCGCCGAGCGAGACCGCGCUGCUGAGGCAGCCCCUGCAGCCCUCGGGUGCAAUCGCCUCGCGUCGCCGCACCCGACUUACACCCGCUAUCGGCGUCAAGUUUCACGACCUGAGGCUCCGGGAGGUGCUUGACAUGUCAGACAAGCUCGAACAACGCGCCAUUCUGUCCGACCUAGCCUAUGAGAGUGAGUUCGCUCACCCCCACCCCGGCCCAGUUUCCCCUUCGGUCGGGCCAGCGGCGAUGGGCUACGAGCUGUCGCAAACGUCGGUCGUGGGCGCUUUUGUCCCAGAUCUCCUGCAGAACUAGCGUCGGAAUCAGACAUCGAGGUUCCUCGCUUACAACAAGCCACUGAUACUCUUCUUUCUCCCUAUUUCUUCGGCGGCCAUCAGUUUCGCUCAACGGCGUCGCAUUCUUCUCCAACCAAGACGACCUGUCCGCGGACGAUCUUGGGCGACUGGCUUUGCUCUUGGGCGAACCCGCUGGUAAAGGGGAUGCUUCGCUCCACAUCCAUCCCACACAGGAAUUGGGCGAGAACGGACUGCCCAUCGGUAAAAUUAGCAACGUAGCCGACAAGGACGGUCGUCAAAUUUCAUUUGUCGAUGAGCGCAGCGCUAUCUCGUCCAUCAACUGGCACUCUGACAUCACGUGAGUUUCUCACUCGUUCUACACUAACACUAAACGAGAGUUACUUCGUCUGACGCUGCUUUUUGCUCUUCCCGCACUAUAGGUUUGAACCACGACCAGCCAACUAUUCUCUCCUCAAGAUGGUGAGUCGAGUCAAGACAUGCGCCUGACGUCGCGUUGGGUCGCAACUCUGUGACUGACGCUGUUUUCAAACCCCCUCAACAGCACACUCUUCCCGAGACCGGCGGCGAUACUCUCUUCAGCUCGGCCUACGCUCACUACGAUGCUCUCUCACCGGCAAUGAAGACGUUUCUCUCCACUCUGACGGCCACGCACGAGGCCGACAUGUUCCGCAUCCAGUCGCAACGACACGGCUUCAAGCUGCAUACCGCCCCCCGGGGAGCUCCCGAGAACGUGGGCGACCACCUCCGCGCCUCGCACCCGGUCAUCCGCACCAACCCGACCACGGGCUUGAACGGCCUCUUCGUCAAUCAAUGCUUCACAACCAAGAUUGAUCAACUCACCUUUGACGAAUCCAAGGCGUUACUCGCAUACCUCUUCAUGCUUCAAGCGCAAAGUCAUGACGCACAAGUUCGCUACCGAUGGAAGAAACAUGACCUCGCCAUCUGGGACAACCGAUCGACCAACCAUGGUGAGCAGACCUUUUGUCUUACUUUGAUUGCCCUGGCUACCUUGGACACUGACGCUUACAUCCUCCUCUGCAGCCGCUACCUUCGACUACGAUGAGCUCCGACAGGGGGACCGAGCCGUCUGCGUAGGUGAGGUUCCCUACUUCGACCCCAACGCGAUCGGUCGUAAACAAUUCCUCGGCUCGCAGGGAAAGGCUUGA